AUGAUUCUUGUGAAGUCCGUGUCUUUGUGGUGUUUUGUCGUGGGUGUUUGUAUUUUCACCGAUGCGCAAAAUGUGACGGAAAAUGAAAUUAGACCUUACGAGUUUACGUUUAACAUAGUCGAUUUUCAACAUAGAUCUGAAAAAAAAGAUGACAAUGGUCUUAUUACCGGGGAGUAUGGAUUUAUAACUGCAGAUGGUAUUUACCAUGAAACUGCAUACGCGACUGAUGAAUCUGGAGAUUUCAUCAUAACAAAAAUGAGACAUCGCAGAAUAACCAGUUUAAAAGAUGCACAAGAAAUUUUCAAAGAUAGACCAGCACAGGCAAAAAUGCUCACCGAAGCUCUGAUGAAAUCGUGCACGGGAUGUGACACUUCCGAGUUGGACAGACAAGAAACGUCUUCUUUCGUAAAACCUGAAACAACAACAACGACAACUACAUCAACAACGACAACAACGGAGGCUCCUGCACCCGUAUACAUAAGACCAGAAUACAGCGCAGAGAAAAAAUUAGAUCUGGCAAUGAAAGAAAUGAUGAGGAUUCUUAAUUUAAAUAAGAUAGCCGACGUUACGACAGACAAUGCCGAGGAUAAAUUUUCCCGCAAGGAAAAGAAAUUACCUGCUCUCUCGUACCGAUCAGGAAAGGAGGUGAACCCGUCUAUCAGCAACACGACAAACGAGAUUAUUCGUGACAUGGUCGAUGCCGCAAAAAAGGUCUUGGAGAACGACGGUCCUGAAAAUGAAAGGGAGGAAUCGACAAGCGACGAGGCGCUCGAGAAAAUGGCGAACGAUUUGUUCUACCGAUUUAACUAUACAAUUACUUCUCACGGCCAUCGCGAGGAUGGGUUUCGUGACGGUAGAAAGGACGGCGAGUACAAUGCUAAAUUCAAGGAAGGAAUUGACACACACGUUAAGUAUGUAUCGAAUGAGUUCGGUCAUCAGCCUAACAUUACUUUGGUUCCUCGGUAUGAAAUUGAAAUUGAACGCAACGAGGAUGAAGAUAACAGCACUGCUACACGAGAAACACCUUAUCAAGCCCAUUAUUUCAAUUGGUUUAAAAAAUAA